AUGGAAAAUAAGCAGAAUCAUACAUUGCAGGAGCUCUACCUGAGGUUGGAACAUAUGCAAAUCAUCUAUGCUACAACUAUUAUAAGAACGCUGGAUAGACGGUCAAAGACGAGAAUUGGACAUCUGAUUCUUAUACGUAAAAAGGGUAGCAAGGUAACCUGCCUUCAUUGCAACCCUGCACAACCGGAAGUUCUUCUGAGCAGAGGAAAUGAUCACUAUGCUCGUAUGUGGGAUACAAGGAAGCUUGAGCCCAACUCUUCCCUUGCCAGCCUUUCUCAUGGACGGGUUGUUAAUUCAGGGUAUUUUUCCCCACAUAGUGGAAAUAAGAUCUUGACAACAUGUCAGGACAACCGAAUUCGUGUAUGGGAUUAUAUUUUCGGUAAUCUGGAACCCCCAAAUAGAGAAAGUGUGCACAGCCCUGAUUUCAAUCGUAACUUGACUCCCUUCAAAGCCGAGUGGGAUCCAAAGGAUUACACAGAAACAGUUGCGGUUAUUGGUUGUUACAUAAAUGAAAACUAUAAUGGUGUUGCUCUGCAUCCCAUUGAUUUCAUAGAUACCAGUUCUGGAAAGCUUCUGGCAGAGGUGAUGGACCCCGGCAUAACAACAAUCAGCCCGGGGAACAAGCUACAUCCGCAAGAUGACAUCCUGGUGACAGGAAGCUCAAGGUCCAUUUUCAUUUGGGAACCAAAGAAUGAAGCUGAUCUUACAGAAGAAAGGACCAAACAGAAGGCUAAGGAAUACGUAUUUGGAUCCGGUUCCCGGAAGAAAUCAAAUGGCAAGCAUGACAAUAGUAGUGAUGAUGACUCAGAUGUUGAUUCUGACGGAAAGAACAAGAAAGCGAAGAGGACUCGCUUCACUCAUACAGUAAAGGGAAGGGGCAAAUCCAAAGUUUGAUACUUAAUGUACUUAGUGCGGCAGCGAUUUUGAUAAGACAACACCCACU